CUUCCUAGUAUCAGCAUCAUGAAGACGAUCAUCCUCGUGUGUACCUUCGCCCUGGCUCUGGCGGCCCCUCAGUACGGACGCCCGAACCCUAAGCAUAUUGCGAUUGUCAGGGAAGAUCGGCAGGACGAUGGCAACGGGCGUUUUAGGUAUAGCUUCGAGGCUGAAAACGGCAUCAGUGUGGCUGCCGCUGGCACCCCCGGGUCCAAGGGGCAGAGUAACAUUGAUGGAAACUUUAGGUUCCGCCUCGACGACGGCAGAACCGCCGAAGUCAGUUACGUCGCGGACGAGUUCGGAUAUCGCCCAGAGUCCCCCCUCAUCCCCACCCCCCACCCCCUCCCCGCCCACGCCAUCGAGCAGAUCCGCUUCGCCGAGGAGCAGAGUCGCCGCUUAGGUUAAGUGUGGUUAAUGGUGAUUCUCGAAGGAACUUUAGCCACAAAACCCGAAGAUACGAACGAUGACACCACCAGUGCCCUCGACCAACCUUUCUGAACGAGCUAGCUUAUGUUAAUAAAGCAGAAAGUCAUUACUAAAGAACUGA